GUAUGUCAAUGUCAAAUAACACAUUUUUUUGGUGUUUGUUGAAAUAUUUAUAAAUAAACAUUUUCAAAAAUCUUCAUACAAAAAAUUGAAAAAGAUGAAGCUGCUAACUCAUAAUAUGUUAACUUCGAAAUGUAUGCGUGGUGUAAAUGUCGGAUAUCCAUUGACAAUUAACAUUUUUCGUGGGAUGAAACUGCUCAGACAUAACUUGAUUUCCUCCAAAUGUAAGCGGGGUGUUCGAGUUGGUUAUCCUUUGCAAGUUAAUGCUUCGGAUGUUCGAGUCUCUGACGUAGAUUUUAACCCGGACUUCAUAUCCAAACUGAUCCCGAAAGUAGACUGGCCGGCACUAUACGAAGCUGCCCGAAGCGUUGGCCAGUCCGAGGACUUGCCUCCUCAGGCUCCAGAUGACUUCGAAACAAACGAAGAGUUCCUGAAAAAGGCCCACCGAGCGCUACUAGAAAUCGAGAUUAUAGAUGGAGAACUAAUCUGCCCGGAAAGCGGACGCAAAUUCCCUAUUAAUAACGGCAUUCCAAACAUGUUAUUAAAUGAAGAUGAAAUUUAAAUUGAUUAAAUUACCUGCUGUAAGUGUUAUUAGAUUGUUAAGUUUUAUAGUUUUUAAGAUGUGACAAAUUAAAGAUGCGAUUUUUUUUCUGCUUGAUAUAA